CUUCCAUCCUCCCCCCCUCUGUUGCUCGAGUUCAUUGCAGACUUUAACGUCAACGGCACCAAUCCUCAGGCAGGUCCCGACACGGCCGAGGAAGGUUUCUCUGGACAGAUCUCAAAUGGCGAUCAUGCUCUUACUGGCUGUUUCACCUUCAAUGCGUACGGUGCUUCUUUUGGGUGCAAUUCCACAGGUCCCGACUGCGAUUUCACCUUCACUGGCCUCCGCUACAAUUCCUCGUCUGGUGAAGAAUAUUCAGUAACAUCCCAGAAUUAUUCAAUCUCGGCUUGCCCGGCUCUUUCGAAGUGCACCCUCAUGCUGAUUCCCCUUGAUAACACAUUCGUUGAUCUCAACGCCAUCCAGAUCAACGCUACUGUGGCUGGCGCUCCUGCGAUGUGGUGGAUGGAUGAUCUUCGUCUUGGUUGGUUCAACAACAGCUGCACUGCUGGUCUCUGUCGUCAAUCUGCCCACAUUCAUUAGGUUGGCUCGGUACGAGGCGAACUUGACUUAUGGUGGACUUGAGUGUUACAGAUUUCACCAGACGUUCUUUUCACCACCGGAGCGUCACGGUUCUUCUCAUAGGGGGGUUCGCAUCUGGAUGAUUGAGCAAAUUUGAAUAAUUGAUCAGUUUGCUAUGAAGGGCUCGGAAUUCUACGAUUGAGAUGUGGCUUCUUCAUCAGCUCAGUACCAUUCCCAGCUAGCUACUUUGCGCUUUGUACGAUUAUGAAAACAAGAAACUUGUAAUACC